UCUGUUUAGCACUUUGCUGCGAUGCGGAGGCUGUUGUUGUUGCUCUUAUUAUUUCUGUGGCGGACGGCGGCCGGCGAGGUGCAGAGCACCGCCGCCACGCAGCCGCCGCCCUCCAUAUGCGUCGUCUGCAGCUGCACCAGGGCCGCCGGUGGACAGUGGAGCGUCCAGUGCGACAACGAGGACGCCGUCCUCGAGAUGACCAGGGGACAAGUCUGGCCAGCACAAGUCAGGUCGAUUGCGGUGAACCACGCGUCCCUGAAGAGUCUUCCCGACCUGCCGGCGAAGCAGGAAGUGCACACCCUGUCCCUGGCGUUCAACAGCCUUUCCUCUCUUCCCGACCACGCCUUCAAGGAUUUCGACCUGGAGGAGCUGAACAUGGACAACAACGUGCUGAAGGACUGGCGGGCGGAAAUCCUGCAGGGAAACAAGAACCUGAAGGUGCUGCAGCUGCGGCGGAACGACCUGCAGCACUUCGACUGGGCCUCCAUCGCCGACCUGACGCAGCUCAGGCACCUCGACCUGCAGGACAACUACGUGGCCAAUUUGACGGGACAGCCGCUGGAUUUGCACGAACUCAAGUCAUUAAACCUGCGCGGCAACGUCUUGGUGGACUUCCCGACGGAAACGUGCAGCAACCUGGUGCGUCUGGAGCAUUUGGACCUGGGCAACAACAAAAUUCCCGUCGUGCCUGAGUGCCUGCAGUCGCACCUGGGCGCCCUGCAGUUCCUGGCCCUGGACGGCAACAAGAUCAGCACGGUGGAGGGCGCCGCGUUCACCGGACUGGCCACCCUGCACACCCUCGUCAUCAGCAACCUGGCCGACCUGAAACGCGUCGACAGAGCUGCACUCAAAGGAGUCUCAGAACUGCAGGUUUUCAGGUGUGCGGACAACAAGCAGCUCGAGUCGGUGGACAAGACACUCUUCUUCAUGGGAGAAGAAAAGAUGCAAAACGACUGGAAAUUUAAAAUGAUCGAUUUGAGUGGAAAUGGCUUUAAGAAAAUCCCGAACGACCUCUUGCCGUGGACGCUGCUCGAGUUUGUCGACCUGCAGCACAAUCCGUGGGAUUGCAGCUGUGACGCCCAGUGGAUGGUCGACUCUUUGCUCCCGACUUUGUACAAAAUCAACUCUUCAAUGCUGGAGGAAUUCAGGUGCGCGACGCCUGCUCACCUGGCGCCGCGUCGUCUGGUGAACUGGCUGAACCACGACGACAAGCCCUUCUGCAAGGAGCCGCCAGGGCCGGAGACGCAGGUGGCGCUGCUGCAGUCGGGCUCGUCGCAGGGCAUGCUGAUCGCGCUGACGGUGAUCGCGUGCGUCGCGCUCGCGCUGCUCGUCGUCGGAUUCGUGCUGCAGCGCCGCUACGACCGCCAGCGCCGCGCCCUCGCCACCAAAAUGGGCAGGUGCCGCAGGCCGAGGAACGGCGACGUCAGGCUCACCAAUCCUAAAUUCGGCAUUUGAGUUUGGACGGCGAAUGGACCGCGUGUGAAUUUUUGUAAAUAAUUUAUAUGUUUGGAUGGAUGGAAUAAGUGACACGUUUCCGCGCAAAGAUGGCGGCUGCUGGAAGAUUUUGAUGAUUUCUGGCUCUGACGGACGCCAUUGUGAACAAAUCUGCGCAAAGAGGAUGUAUAAUUAAAAUUAUUUGUUACAUUGUGUAAUUAAAAAUGAUAAAAAUUGA